CCAUCAUUAAGACAGCAAUAUGCAGCUUAUAGUAACAUGAAAAGAAAAGAUCCACUGAAUACGCCAUUUCUGGUCCGCAAUGCAAUCAAACUGGGUAUGACGAUGGCUGGCAAAAAUAUCAGUGAUUUUGAUAAGAAAACAAUUAAGUUGGCUUCGCCCCGAUUCUUUUCUGUAGUUCCUGACGACAACGAUAAUCAUAUUAAUGUCUUAUCACCGUCGUUACUGAGUUUACACAAUGAAGGGGAAGGCGCUGAAAAAGCGUUUAGUAUUUCAAAUUUGUUAAAAGCUACCAAAAUGCUACAAAAGCAAGAUCAAGAAGAGAUGUUGGACUUGAUUGCUGAAGCUUCUGGAGUUUCAGACAUCGUAGACGACAAAGAAAAAAACAUAAAAAAUAUGAAGGGAGCUAAUGGACAGCCGCUAUAUUUUACAAAAGAAAAUGUUACCGAAAUAUACGGCGAAGACGGCCUUAGAAGGUUAGGAUUUUGUAGAGGCACUGUCGAUCUAAGUGGUGUUCACGUAUUUCAGAUAGAAGAAAUGAAUUCGACUGGAUAUUCCAUGCUUAGUAAAAAGCAGUUGCACUUUUUGUACGGAAAAGACUCUCCUUAUUCUUCACCUGAUGUGCUGAAAAGACUUACUUCUAUCAAAGAUCCAGAGGAAUUACAGCGAUAUAUAGAGCAUGACAUAGCGAUGUUCUCCAAACCAGGAAAAGUCUCUCUAAAAAGGAAAGAGCCUACUAGAUAUAAACGUCAGGUUGUUUUGACACCUCUGGUUCUGGUACCGCAAACGCUCUCAAACCCAAUUAUUUUAUCACCCGUACUGUUGUCUCCAGUAGUGCUGUCUCCGGCCGUCCUUGGUCCAUUUGUACUUAGUCCAUGGCUUUUUGUUCCGAUUAUACUUUCACCUAGGGUUUUGUCUCCAGUAAUCUUAAAUCCACUAGCAUUUGCACCAGUAAUUUUAUCACCGCUAGUUCUUCAUCCAUUUAUCUUGUCACCAGGGAUAUUUAACCCUUUUAUUUUGUCACCGAGUGUACUAACACCUUUUAUUCUUUCACCUCAAGUAGGAACCCCAUUCAUUCUUUCACCAAUGGCUUUAAAUCCAUUGAUACUAAAUCCUAUGGCAAUGUCUCCACUCAUACUAAGUCCAUUUGUUCUUUCACCAAUCAUUCUCUCACCACAGUACAUUUUUGCUCUCGUUUGUAGUCCACAUGCGUUGUCACCACUGAUAGGUAGCAAUUUAACAAUCAGUUCAGUUGUAGCUUCACCUAGCUUCUUGAGUUAA